AUGAGCAUCUACUCCCUACAGUUCAGCUGGACACUGGUCCCUGCAUGCCUACGAUGGUGGACGCACGACCUCCGCUGCUCCGCCGUCGAGCAGACCGUUCAUCUCGCAUUCGAGGCGUUCGCGCUGAUCGACUGGAUCGUCGCAACUGGAUUGUUGGUGGCACUAAACAUCCGGCUCAACAAUCUCAGAAAGGAAUACGAAUUCGACGUCGACCAUGAUAUCCCGUUGACGGACGAGUUGGUGACGCAUCAGUUCACGGCCCUAGGGGUGGGCGGGUUGUAUUGCAGCUACGCGUUGAACGCGGUCACUGGGGUCAUCAUUGGUUUGUUCUUGCUUUCCACGUAUGAUAGCUUGGGAUGGUUGAGGAUGGUGAGACGAGCAGCGAGGGACGACCCGGAAAAGGAGUACAAGUACGGUCAUUUGUAG